GCUAGCUAAUCUAAACUUUGCAACUAGGCUUGAAUGUAACAUAGUUGAAAGAUUGGUAGAUCGAUUUUUUUGUUGUUGUAAGAGGCAGGUAGCGAAUCAAUGUUUUCAACUUGAAGAGGUCAUUCCGGAUGCCAAGACAAAGUCAAUUCUUCUAGCCAACGUUCGCUGGCUAGCAAUUUUGGUCAGUCAGUCUGUUGGGUGGGGCCGCAGCUAACUUGCAGCUGACAGUCCUGACAGUCUUCUAACGUUAUGUUGGCAUCAUGUCAGACAAAAGCGAGCUGAAAGCGGAGCUUGAACGGAAGAAGCAACGCCUGGCUCAGAUCAGGGAGGAGAAAAAAAGGAAGGAAGAUGAGCGCAAAAAGAAAGAGGCUGACCUGAAGAAAGAUGCCGCCCCACUGGAUGACUCGGAUUUGGAGAAAAAGAGACGUGAGACAGAUGCCCUUCUGCAGAGCAUGGGCAUCACAUCAGCUGAUGUCCCUGUUGUCCCUCCUCCCAUGUCUCCGACCUCCAAAUCUGUGGGCACACCAAGCGAAGCAGGGAGCCAAGACUCGGGCGACGGCGCCGUGGGAUCCAGGCGUGGACCUCUGAAGCUGGGCAUGGCCAAGAUCACCCAUGUUGAUUUCCCUCCAAAAGAGACGGUGUCGUACACCAAGGAGACCCAGACGCCUGUGACCACCCAGCAGAAAGAAGAGGAAGACGAGGAGGAGGAGGAGGAGAUUGCUCCACCACAACCAGUGCUUGAGAUCCAAACGGAGAAACCAGACCAGAAAGAGGAGGAGGAAGCACCUCCACAAGAGCUGACUGAGGAGGAGAAGCUGCAGAUCCUCCACUCUGAGCAGUUCAUAACCUUCUUUGACCACAGCACCCGCAUCGUGGAGCGGGCCCUGUCCCAACACGUGGACGUCUUCUUCGACUACAGUGGUCGCGAGAUGGAGGAGAAGGAAGGUGAGAUCCAAGCUGGGGCCAAGCUGUUUCUGAACAGACAGUUUGUGGAUGAGCGCUGGUCUAAGCAUCGCGUGGUCACCUGUCUGGACUGGUCCCCUCAGUAUCCUGAGCUGCUGGUUGCCUCAUACAACAACAACGAGGAAGCCCCCCACGAGCCGGACGGGGUGGCCCUGGUCUGGAACAUGAAGUACAAGAAGAACACUCCGGAAUACGUCUUCCACUGCCAGUCUGCAGUGAUGUCGGCCGCCUUUGCCAGAUUCCACCCUAACCUGGUGGUGGGGGGCACCUACUCGGGGCAGAUCGUUCUGUGGGACAACAGGAGCAACAAGAGGACCCCCGUGCAGAGGACCCCUCUGUCAGCAGCAGCACACACGCACCCAGUGUACUGUGUGAACGUGGUGGGCACCCAGAACGCCCACAACCUCAUUAGCAUCUCUACCGAUGGCAAGAUGUGUUCCUGGAGCCUGGACAUGCUGUCUCAACCGCAGGACAGCCUGGAGCUGGUGUUCAAGCAGUCGAAGGCCGUCGCUGUCACCUCCAUGUCUUUCCCCCUCGGAGAUGUCAACAACUUUGCGGUGGGGAGCGAGGACGGGUCCGUCUACAUGGCGUGUCGUCAUGGAAGUAAAGCAGGGAUCAGUGAGAUGUUUGAGGGCCACCACGGGCCUAUCACAGGGAUAGACUGUCACACAGCGACCGGGCCUGUUGACUUCUCCCAUCUGUUUGUCACCUCCUCCUUUGACUGGACCGUCAAGCUGUGGAGCACCAAGAACAACAAGCCACUGUACUCGUUCGAGGACAACUCGGAUUACGUCUAUGACGUCAUGUGGUCCCCCACUCACCCGGCUCUGUUUGCGUGUGUGGAUGGAGUGGGCCAUCUUGAUCUGUGGAACCUCAACAACGACACUGAGGUUCCUACAGCCAGUACCACAGUGGAGGGGAACCCAGCCCUGAACCGCGUGCGCUGGGCCCACUCUGGCAAAGAGAUAGCCGUGGGAGACUCUGAUGGACAGAUCCUGGUCUAUGAUGUUGGAGAGCAAAUCGCUGUUCCACGCAACGACGAGUGGACCCGCUUUGUCCGAACCCUGGCGGAGAUCAACGAGAACCGGGAUGAUGCCGAGGAGCUUGCCGCUCAGCGCCUCUCUGCCUGAUCAACCAUGAAAACGCCGGUCUAGGGACCAGCGACAGGCUUCAUAGUGUCAGCCUCGUUUUGAUUGGAGGAAAAGGCGCAAUUGCAACAGUGUUUAGGCAUGUGGACAUCCUUUCUUUGGAAAUGUACUCAGAUUUAAUACACAUACUUAACUUCUCCUUUGGCUGGUUAAGCACACCAGUCUGAUGGGAUAACUAACAGGGCUAUCUAUCAACCUCAGACACUACAAGAAACAAAGCCAUCGUCUUACUCUGCAAUACAAAUCAGUUGAACUCAAGAUCCAUAAUGCCUUAAAGGCACCGUGUCAACUCCAUACGGUAGUGUUGUGGGUUUAGCUGCAGGUUCAGUUUCACUGUCCACUAGUUGUUUGUGGUUACACAACCCUGAGCAUGUUUGCUGUCAUCAUGACUGGUGUUUGUUGUUCACUCUGUGCUUCAAUGCCCAUGUCCACUUGAACUGUAGUAGACUAGAUCUAUCACAUCAUUACGGCACAGAGGAAUGUAGUGGUUUCAUUAUACUGUUAGCCAGUGUUUUUCUAUGUUCGUUUAACCUAGAUGCGCCAAAUGUCCACUUGUUUUGUAAUAUAUCCCAAAAUGUUACCUUCACCUUUCUUCUGAAUGUCUUUGUACAUGACUAUUGCUCUUAAACAAAAAUGUGACACUUAGGAUAUCAGAACCAGAAUCUGUAGAAUACCUCAGGAUAUAAUGCUGUAUUGGAAAUUUGCUUGAUAUCUGCGGUAUGGAUUCAGUAUCCAUACUGCCUGUAUGUAGUGUCUAAGAAAGGCUUCCCUUUGUGUGACCCAGAGAGCGUCUUCCACAUAUCGUGUCAUGAAUCUCAGAAUGUACUUUUCACACAAUUAAAAUGAAUCCAUUGACGAUUUAUUUCAACAAAAUAAAUACAUUACAAUUAUUUCCCAAGACCCUGGUCAUGAUUUUAAAAUAAAUACUUUCGAAAAA